CCUGUAGCGUACAAGUACAUUUAUUCAGCAGACAGCCCUAUUUGCGAUGGACCCCAUAUCAGACCCUUCAACUCAGGAAUCUCCUCAUCCUGUCCAAGCUCUUCCUGAAGAGCUCGGCAAACCACUCGAGGACUCGCUCGACCAUAUCGUGUCCAAUUCGAAAGCUGUUAGGGGCGCUCGGAAAGAUCAGCUUGCUCCAAGCGAGCUUAGAUCGGACGCCGUUCAUUCCCAUGGUCCUGAGGCUAAACAUUGGAUAGCAAAGUUCUUCCCCUCCGAGGAGACUUUAGAUCAUCUGUUUGCCAUGGAGCAUAUGGGCAAUUACGUGAUCGAUCGUAUGACUGGGAAGAAAUUCUUUGAAACAAUGCCGAUCUAUGUGCGCGUCGGUAUGCAUCUCCUGUUUGUUUCAGGUAACAGCUACAUGUCAUACGCAUCUGUUGAAAAGCUUUUGCGAGAAAAGUCCAUCAAGCAGGGGCAGACGUAUGAUCAGACUGGACCCGACGUAGAGGAACAUAUAAGGUCAUUCAUUAGAACAUAUGAAUUGCCUCUUGACGAGCUUUUAGUGAAAGAUUUGAGCCAGUACCCAACAUUCAACUCAUUCUUUUCCCGUCGUCUGAUCGCCAGCGCCCGACCAAUCACCUCCGUGGGAGACCCAACCAUUAUUGUCUCCGCUGCGGACUGUCGGUUGACAGUGUACCAGACAGUCGACCAAGCUAAGAAGUUCUGGAUCAAGGGGCAGCAAUUCACGCUUCCGAACCUCUUGACUGGGAAGGAUGUCGCAGACAUGACAUUCAAAGCAGUACAGGAUGAUCGUGAAGCCGCUCUCUCAAUCCAUAGGUUGGCCCCACAAGAUUAUCAUAGGUUCCAUUCACCCGUGGAAGGUAUGAUUGUUGCUAUCAAAGAUAUCGAUGGAGAACUGUACACUGUGAAUCCUCAAGCUAUCAAUGAAGAUCUCAAUGUCUUCACUUUGAACAAGCGUUCUAUUAUGCUUAUCCAUGCCAACCUUGGAUCCGGUCGAGAAACUGUUCCCAUUGCGUUUGUCGCUAUAGGCGCAAUGCUUGUGGGCUCCAUCGGAUGGUCCAAGAAACCGGGUGAUAAGGUCUGCAAAGGUGAAGAGCUAGGCUGGUUUCAGUAUGGCGGAUCCACUACCAUCACAGUCUUUCCAAAAUCAGCCGGAGUAGAAUUUGACAAGGAUCUCGUUGAAAAUAGCAAGAAACAGUUGGAGACCUUUGUAAGGGUUGGAAUGGAAAUCGGAAAAUGUAGCACCGAGGUUAAAUAGAGAAAUAAUAGUUCGAAUUAGAUUAGAAUUAGGUUACAAGGCGUACAACAAUAUCAUACAGAUGUGUUAACUCUGCAAACUAUUUAGUACCUGGUUU